UAAGGGCCAUUCGACGACCGUGGGAGGACAACUCGCCUGUGUCUCUCCUCGCGCCCCCCUCGAUCUAGUCGGCGGCCAUCUCUCCUCCUCGGGGCUUCCUCGACUGAAGAAGGCGUCCCGGGGUGUUGGGUCUUUUCACGAGCUGGGUUCUGCGCGGGCACAUCGAUGCCGUUCUUAGCAGAGGCGACCCCGGCAGCCCAGAAGCUGGCUGAGCGGCGGGAGGCGACGAGAAGCCAAAGGAGCCUCCACUAUAAGUUUUCAUUGCCCGCGUCGAAGGAGUGGAGGAGCCAUCAGGGAUGCUUCUCCACCGAAGUGCAGGCCGAAGCGGAGGGCAUCGGUGGCGGCUGGAGAGGGCCCGAGGUGGAAUGCGGAGGCGACGAAACCGGGAUCGCGAAGAUGAGAGAGGCGCUUUUGGUUCAUCUCCGCAAGGCAGUGGAACGGAACCAGCCGGAAGUUCCCCCGCCAGGGCUACCCCAUGACAGGGAGCACCAAAAGGAACCAGAUCGGGAGGCGGAUCUCGAAUCUUCGACGCCGCCUCCGCCAUCACCGUGGAGUACUCUUAGGACGAGGCGAAGGAGUGCGAGGGCUUCGUCCGUGUUCGCGAGGCAAUCGAGCACGCUGCAGCCGGAGACUGCCGGUAAGAGGCCCUCGCGUUUGGAUCGGAGAGAGAGACUCAAGAUCUCUGUCGCCCUCACCAGUGAGGAGAUCGAUGAGGACAUUUAUGCGGUGACCGGGUACAGGGCUCGCCGGCGGCCUCGAAGACGUCCUCGUGUUGUCCAAAAGCAGCUCGAUUUGUUGUUCCCAGGUUCAUGGCUAUCAGAGAUCACCAUUGAAACAUACAGAGUCCCUGAUUAGCGUUCAUCCCUUCUUUUUCCUCUUUAUUACAAUGGCCAUUGAUUCAUCCGAAAAGGUGCCUUAGUCUCAUCCGAGCAAAGAGCUCAUAAACACUUUUUCAUUACUGAGCAUUUAUUAGCAGUUAGACUAGCUCUAUGUUUGUCCCCUUCCCAGCUCCUGCAACGAUUAUAAAAAAGUGUGGACGAAUGCUUUAUGUCAAAAUUAAUGCUUGCUUGAGUGUUUGUAUAAAAUGGCAGGACCGGGCACCUCUUCUCUGGACUAGCUCUCGUUGGUUUCAACGUUUUGAUGAUUGCAGGCGUACCCUGCUCACUCCCAUACUUGCUUGGUUUAUAGAUUUUCCUCCAAUUCUCUCUUCAUUUUUUUUUGGGAAGUGAAGAAGAUGGAAUACGAUGAGAUCACGAGCCUCGUCCUUCUGACUUGUUGGAAUGGGGUGGAUUUAAUUCAAGGUUGCGGCUGUUGGUAGAUCUGCAUUUUAUCAGUUUUCUGAUAAAACGGGACUACUCGCGUAUCGAGUUUGGCUCAUUGCUCCGAAGUGGUACGGCCGACUAACGAGGUGAUAUAAUGGCCAGUGGGAGGCCACUUUUUUUCUCCGUUGGUGGCUGGUUGGAGAGCUUUGAUAUGGAUAUCGCACUGCGCCGGCACAGAUUUAGAAGUAGGGCUAAACUUAUCAACAAGAAAUAAACAGUUUGUUGUUUUCUAAUUCAGCUAUUUAGUUUUCUGAGUCAAUUGAUUCUUAAUUCCGAGAUCGAUUCAGUUUCAUUAAAAAAAAAAUUAUUGUAAAUUAAAAAGUGUUCAAGCUAUCAGCAUUUUUAAAAUUGUCAUCUUA